UGACCUUCCUCCAGGAUCGUCUGUGGGGGAGGAAGGGAAGGGAGGAGAGGGGGAGCUGCAGAGUGAGGCCCAUUCACAGCCAGAACCAGCACCGGAACCACAACCAGCACCGGAACCACAACCACAACCACAACCACAACCACAACCACAGCUACAGCAGCAAGAGACUCGGCCACAGACUCCACCGCCACACCCACAGCCGCAAUCAGAGCCAGAACCAGAGCCAGAGCCAGAACCAGAACCAGAACAGGAGCCACAGCCAGAACCAGAGCCAGAGCAGGAGCCAGAGCCAGUGCAGGAGCCAGAGCCAGAGCCAGAGCCACAGCCACAGCCCCAACCCGAAAUCAAACCUCAGCCUCAACCCGAACCAGUACCGCAGCCCACACCAGAGCCUGAGCCUCAGCCUCAAGUUGAGACUCCGAUCGAAGAAGCCGUGUGGGACGCACCUGAAUCCCCUUCGCCGUGCGGAGAGGUGCAGCCAGCAGGGGAGCAAGAGGACCAGAAGCUGGAAGACUUUGCCGAGGCGAAGAGAAAGCAAGAGUCAGAGGUCGAGUGGCGUGAGGGCGUGGCAGUUCAGGAGCAAGAGGAUGAGGAGGAGGAAGGGGGAGGCGCUAAAGGAGGUGGGGCGGCCAGGAGGGCCAGCCUGCACCACACGGCCUCGCCCAUGAGGGUGCAGCGCAAUGGCGCCGGCUCGCACACGGCCACCUCGGACUAUGAGCUCUCGCUUGACCUCAAAAACAAGCAGAUCGAAAUGUUAGAGCACAAAUACGGUGGACACCUCAUCUCCCGCCGUGCCGCCUGCAAGAUCCAGACUGCCUUCCGCCAGUACCAGCUCAGCAAGAACUUCGAGAAGAUCCGCAACUCACUGCUGGAAAGUCGCCUGCCUCGACGAAUCUCCCUGCGCAAGGUCCGUGUGCCAAACACGGAGGGGUUCUCUGCUGAACGGGCCCUGGCAGAAGGCUGCAACUUGGCAGGCAUCCCAUUGGUGCGUUCGCCAUCUCUGCCUGCCACGGUUGGUGGCACCCUGACGGACCUGGAAGACUCCUUCACUGAACAAGUCCAGUCGUUGGCAAAGUCCAUAGAUGAUGCACUCAGCAACUGGAGCCUGAAGACCAUGUGUUCACUGCAGGAAGGCGGCACCUAUCAAUUCACUGCCGACUCUUUCACUAGAGCAGCAGCAGCAGCAGCUGCGGCUGCAGGGGUGGGAGGCGUGGGAGAAGGAGGUGGUGUGGGAGAGCCAGAGAUUCAUCAAGUCCCUGUGGACCCAAGUGACCUGUCGAAGAGUGCAAGCAAGCUGAUGAUGGCAUUCCGAGAUGUGACGGUGAAAAUCGACAGCCAGAACUUCAGCGUUUCAUCUUCAGUGAUGGAAUCAUCCACUUCUGUCACACUGGGCAGCUGCACAGAAGUAGGCGAGCAGGAUAUUGAAUUCCCUGCUCCUCCUCCGAGUGAGGAAGAGCUAGGGGAGGAUGAGCCACUUCCCCUUACCCCUCUUGAAAAAAUGGCCGCCACACAAAGGCCGGAGAAUAUUGUGGUGGUGGGCCCACCACCCACAGAAUCCCCUCGGGCCCCUCCACCACAGAGCUCUCCUGUGCUGGAGCCACUGGGGGUCAAUAGAUGUGGCUCCGAGAUGGCAGAUAACAGCUCGGAGCAGAUGAGCAGCAGCAGCACGUCCACAGAGGCACGCUCCACAUCGGAAGCCUCAUCCAAGGAGGCCCUGCAGGCGAUGAUCCUCAGCCUGCCACGCUACCACUGUGAGAACCCUGCCAGCUGCAAAUCACCCACGUUGUCCACUGACGUCAUGCGGAAACGCCUCUACCGCAUCGGCCUCAACCUCUUCAAUGUAAACCCGGACAAAGGCCUUCAGUUCCUCAUCUCACGAGGCUUCAUCCCCGACACGCCCAUCGGUGUGGCACACUUUCUGCUGCAGAGGAAAGGCCUGAGUCGGCAGAUGAUCGGGGAGUUCCUCGGUAACAGCAAGAAGCCCUUCAACAGAGACGUUCUAGACUGUGUCGUGGAUGAGAUGGACUUCUCGGGGAUGGAGCUGGACGAGGCACUGAGGAAGUUUCAGGCCCACAUUCGUGUCCAGGGAGAAGCCCAGAAGGUGGAGCGUCUUAUCGAGGCCUUCAGCCAGCGCUACUGCAUGUGCAACCCUGACGUGGUGCAGCAGUUUCACAACCCGGACACCAUCUUCAUCCUGGCCUUCGCCAUCAUUCUGCUCAACACCGACAUGUACAGCCCCAACAUCAAGCCCGAUCGCAAGAUGCUGCUGGAGGACUUCAUACGCAACCUGCGAGGUGUGGAUGAUGGAGCGGAUAUCCCCAGAGACAUGGUGGUGGGAAUCUACGAGAGAAUACAGCUGAGGGAGUUACGCUCCAAUGAAGACCACGUCACCUACGUCUCCAAGGUGGAGCAGUCUAUUGUGGGCAUGAAGACGGUUCUCUCUGUCCCUCACAGAAGAUUGGUGUGCUGCAGUCGACUUUUCGAGGUGACAGAUGUCAACAAGGCCCAGAAGCAGGCGGCGCACCAGAGAGAAGUCUUCCUCUUCAACGAUCUAAUUGUGAUCUUGAAGCUUUGUCCAAAGAAGAAGAGUCCUGCAGCCUACACGUUCUGCAAAGCCAUGGGCCUGCUGGGCAUGCAGUUCCACCUGUUUGAAAACGAGUACUACCCGCACGGCAUCACCAUCCUCUCGCCCUUCGGAUCGGACAAGAAGCAGAUUCUUAACUUCUGCGCCCAGAGUGCAGAGGACCUGCUCAAAUUCAUCGAGGACCUGAAGGAAUCAAUCGCGGAGGUGUCGGAGAUGGAGCAGAUACGUAUUGAAUGGGAGCUGGAGAAGCAGCAGGGAGCCAAGACGCACUCGCUAAAGAACAACGGCACACAGCUCGAGCUGCGUGGCAAACCGGGCUCCACGUCAGGAAACCAGGAGGUAGACGACAGGAGCCCACACAAUGCAGUGGAGGCUUCAGACGUACCAGCUCAGCAGCAGCAGCUCGGCUCGGAGUCCCGAGAGCGUGGCCCUUCUUAACCACCGG